AUGUCGAAAAGCAAAACCGCUCACCCGAAACUCGAUAGUGAUCGUGUAGAAAUAAAGUCAAAGUUUGACGCCGAAUUCCGACGAUGGUCCGUGAAACGUUCCGAACAACAUUCCUUUGAAGAAUUCCAGUCGCUAAUAGAGCGGCUCCACAAACUCGAUCGCUCCCAGCUGCUCGUCUCAUACAUCGAUCCACGGGACAACGAUCUGCUACCGAUCAACAAUGAUGACAACUUUGGUAGGGCCCUUACGACGGCACGGCCCUUGCUGCGCGUAAUCAUACAGAAGAAAGGAGAUAGUAUCGAGGAGCGUACGGGAUACGGUACAAUAAGGCCAAGAAAUCUCAUCAGUAGUAUUCUAGGACAAACGCCUGUAAAGCAGAAAGGAUUGGCAAUAUCGAAUCCGCACGACUUUCGACAGGUAUCCGCUAUCAUUGAUGUCGAUAUUGUCCCAGAGACAUGCCGCCGGGUGCGUCUGCUCAAACAUGGCAGCGAAAAACCAUUAGGAUUCUACAUUCGCGAUGGCACAUCUGUUCGGGUUACGUCCAACGGUCUCGAAAAGCUGCCUGGAAUCUUCAUUUCCCGACUUGUGCCCGGCGGUUUAGCGGAAAGUACCGGCUUGCUGGCGGUUAAUGAUGAGGUGCUGGAAGUGAACGGUAUCGAGGUGUUGGGUAAAACGUUGGACCAAGUGACGGACAUGAUGGUUGCCAACAGCUCAAAUCUGAUCAUCACCGUAAAGCCCGCCAACCAACGUACUCUGGCUCCGCCGCGGCGGGGAUCCUUCUCGCGCAAUAGUCAGCUGUCUGGUGGGUCGCACCAGUCGCAACACACGACGGGUUCGGACGAAAAUGAUCAGGAUGAUCAGGACGAAGUAGUGGACCUCAUCGAAGCGGUUACGCUUGAGGAGAGCAAUCUCAUCUCCCAAAAGGACGGAGUGCUGCAUUUGUAAGAUCGUUCCGCUUGCAGCAUAAGAAAGUGUGAAUGGUUUGGUGUGAUCGUCAACUUUUCUCA